AUGGUGGAGACCAAGGAUCUGGCGUAGCUGCGGCAGCUCAACCUGGAGCUUCUGAGGCAGCUGUGGGUUGGGUAGGAUGCCGUGCGGCGGUCGGUGGCCAAGGCAGCCUCAGAGACGCCUUAAGUGGCCUGGAGAACCUCCUCUCCACGGGAUGCCAACCAAGGUGACUCCUGCGACAUGUCCUCUCCUGGCGGGGCCAUAGGGGUGAUCUCUCUCCCACCUGUCAAGGAACCCCUGAGCCCACUGAAGCCCUGCGUGGCACCGUUGCUGGCCACCUCAGAGCGAUCAGCAGAGCUGGAGGCACAGGCCCCAAGGUCCAUCCAGGCUCAACAAAGAAAGCUGCCCAAGCGAAGAGUGACCUUCAACAAAGAGUCUCCAGUGCCUGAGAGGAGCUGGCACCUCAGACCCUACCUGGGCUAUGACUGGAUUGCAGGGUCUCUGGACAACAGCUCGCCCAUCAGCAGCAAGCCCGAGGCCUUCUUCUGGAAGCUGCAGGAGUUCCGGGAAACCAACAAGGAGUGUAUUCACAGUGAGCCCGAACCCCAGUUCCCAGGCCGGCUGGAGAGUGACAGUGCCCAGGAAGACCACGAAUGUGUGCACUGUUACCGUGUCAACCGGCGUCUGUUCCUGGUGCCUUCAGACCCUGGUAACCCCUGCCGCCUGUGCAGGACACCCCGGGACCAGCGGGGCCCCAACACACUGGCAGACCCAGCGCAAGUCUGGGUGAGCAUCCCACAGUCCAUCCUGGACCCACCCCACCGCUACCGCAUCCACAGGCGGAAGAGCUUCGAGGCCUCCGACACAGUGGCCCUGCCCCGGCACUGUCUGCUGGGCUGGGACAUUCUCCCUCCAAAAUCCAAGAAAAGCUCUGGUCGCCAGAACCUGGACCUCUGGUCCUGUGUCACCUCCGAGGCCCAGCACCAGAAGCUGUUGGCCAGCUCUUCCCACAUGCCCCAGCCAGUGCUCCCAUCCCCCACCCCUAUCUGGUCAGAACCCCAGGCGACCCAGCCCUGCCUGGGCACCCUGGUUGAAGACCUGAGGGCUGGCCACUUGGAUGGCAAUGCUCCUGCCAUCACCUCUAGCCUCUUCCCUCUGGCAGGGGUGCCCAUGAGAGGGGAGCCUUGCCCGGCCUCAGCUAGAGGUGGACUCAGGCCCCACCCUCCUAGGUGGGGCUGGUGGGUAGGCCCAGGCCUGUCUCCUUCCUGGGCUCAGAAGGGAUGA